AUGGGAUCUCCUAGAAAACUACGAUCUUCAUCCGAAAACAAAACUGCAAAGCUUCCUGAUCGGAAUUUGUUCAAUUUCAACAACAUCAACCCCUACAUCUAUUUGGAUAAGCCAAUUGCAAUUCGUAAUGAUGAAGGUGAAGAACGGUGUCUUCCAAAGUAUCAUUACUACUCCGAUGAAUCUGUUACACCACCCUUCCCAUUGUCCUCCUCCGUCUCUUUGACACUGGAUUCUAAGCCAUCUCAUUCAUCUUCGUUGCUGACAGUACAAGAAAAACGCACUUCACGACUAACACCACGUCGAGCAGCUGCCAAAAACUUGAUUGCUGAUCCACUUCCGGAUUCUCUAUACACCAUUUUUCAUCGUAAAAUGCGGAGGGAUGAGAAACAAAUGCUCAAUGAUGAACUUUUACGUACACUUUCUGAGCUCGACACUUUGCAACAUUACAAGCAAUUGCUAGACCAGUACGAUUGGAUCCGACACCUACCACAAAUAACGUACAUAGAUAACCCAAAGGAUUUGCAAGAUAUGGAAUGGAAAAAACAGUUGACUUUGGCGGAGAUUGAUAGAUUGAUUCUGCGACAAGUUGAAUGGAGGAAGAAAAGAGACGAGUUUGUAAUAGAAGUAAAAAAUUAUCAUGCCGAAAACAAAACAGUUCCGACUGAAAAGGAGAUUGAGGACGAGUAUGAAUUGUCAAUUAUAAAUACAGAAAGAUAUAUGAACCAACAGCAGAAGUUGAAACGCAUAGACUUGCAAAAUAUAGCGAGUACUAAAGAUGCAAAAACAAAUAAUGAACUUGAAAUGAAACCUGAAUCAAAGCCUGAAACAAAACCUGAAUCAAAAAGAAUUAAAAUUCUGGGUGGACAUACAGCUGAAACAAUUAUCAAAGCUAAACCUAAACCUAAAUCAACAAAAAUUGACAGAGUUGCCGCAAAGAUUAAAGACGAUAAACAAGCAAGAGAUGUACACAACAAAAAAGGACCAGAACCUCGCAAGAGAACUUAUAGUCGUGCGCAAAAACUACAAUUGGAAGAUGUCGACCCUUCAUUGGAAAUCAACUUGUGCAUAAACACUAGCGAGUCAGACGAUUAUUAUUUCGGCGUUGAUUUCCAAAAUAUUCCGGCACCAAUAAACGGCUUUCAAUUGCCGCGAGGCUUACGCAAAUUUGGCCAGAUCACCGAGUCACAGCCCAAAAUUGAUAAUGAAAACUAA